UGCGCGGUGCCCGAUUCCUAGGUCCGGGACGCGGCGCGAGCUCUCCUUGCAAGCCUUGCAAGCCGGCGCUGCCCAAGCGGAGGAGGCGGCGGCGGGCAGCGGGCGGCUGCCGCAGCGACGGGCGGCUGUCAUCGCUUUGGAAGGAAAGCCGGCCCCGGCUGCCUGCUCGGACGAGGCGGCCGCGCUUGCAUUUCGACCCCGUUGCUUUGCGGCCUUCCUUGCAAACCACCGCCCCCCCCCUCCCCACACCUCCCUUUCCCCUUCUCCGCCGUGCAGAGCAUCCCCUUCUUUGCACGGUCUUUGGAAGGCGAGCAAAAAAAAAUUAAUUAAAAAAAAAAAGGGGGUGGGAGGAAGGGGGAACCCAGGUCUCCUCCUUCUUCCUAGCUGCUUCCUUUGCAUGCCCCCCCCUCACCCCCGUGCACGCUUUUCCCGGGGAGCCACCCCCCUAACCCCACCCAGGCUUUGCACCUCCUUCCUCGGCUUGCAAGCUGCGCCCUGUCUUUCCCCCGUCGCACGCCCACCCGCCUUGCCUUGGGCUCUCCUUGGAAGCUGGCUUCUACAUCUCGGGGUCCCCCUUGUCGCCCCCCACUUUUAGGGUCCCUUAUGCCCGGGUCUGCCUUGGCUCAAGAGGCCGGCUGGGGUCCCUUCUGCCCUUGAGCCUUCCGUUCUUUCCCCGGCCCUAAAAGCUUCGUCACCUGCAUCCCCAGCCAGCAUCCCCUUUGGCUCCUGCAUCCCCCAUCUCUUGGCUUUUGAACUACUCUGGUGGUCCAGCAAAAAGGCCAGGUUGCUUCUAAGGCGCCUUUCAGCAUCUUUGCAGCAUUUUUGAGCAUCUUUUUAGGCAGGGUCGGCUUUCCCUGGCUUGGGCCGGGGUCCUGUUGGAGUUCUUGGUAGGGGUGGUGCCUCUUCCCCCCCCCCACCGCGCCCUCCGCCCCCCUCCCCGAGAUGAGCUUCUUUGGCUUUGGACAGAGCGCCGAACUGGAACUGGUCCUGAGCGAUGCCGAGACCAGGCGCCGGGCCGAACAUAAGACGGAGGAAGGCAAGAAGGAGAAAUAUUUCCUCUUUUACGAUGGCGAAACCGUGUCCGGGAGGGUCAUCUUAACCCUCAAGCACCCCAACAAACGGCUGGAACACCAGGGCAUCAAGGUGGAAUUCAUUGGGCAGAUUGAAUUAUACUACGACCGAGGGAACCAUCAUGAAUUUGUGUCUCUGGUAAAAGAUUUGGCCCGUCCUGGUGAAUUCACCCAGUCACAAACUUUUGACUUUGAAUUCACCCAUGUGGAGAAACCAUACGAAUCCUACACUGGACAGAACGUGAAGCUCAGGUACUUCCUCCGAGCCACUGUGAGCCGCAGAUUGAAUGACGUGGUGAAAGAGAUGGACAUUGUGGUACACACCCUUAGCACGUAUCCGGAGCUCAACUCCUCCAUUAAGAUGGAGGUGGGGAUUGAAGAUUGCCUACACAUUGAGUUUGAGUACAAUAAAUCCAAGUACCACUUAAAAGACGUGAUCGUAGGGAAAAUCUACUUCCUUCUCGUCCGGAUCAAGAUCAAACACAUGGAGAUCGACAUCAUCAAGAGGGAAACCACGGGCACGGGGCCCAACGUCUACCAUGAAAAUGACACCAUUGCCAAAUACGAGAUCAUGGACGGAGCCCCUGUGAGAGGAGAGUCCAUCCCGAUUCGGCUCUUCCUAGCUGGCUAUGAACUGACUCCCACCAUGAGGGACAUCAACAAGAAAUUCUCGGUGCGCUAUUACCUCAAUCUGGUGCUAAUUGAUGAGGAGGAGCGGCGUUAUUUUAAACAGCAGGAGGUGGUGUUGUGGCGCAAAGGGGACAUCGUGAGGAAAAGCAUGUCCCACCAGGCGGCCAUCGCUGCCCAGCGCUUCGAAGGCACCUCGUCCCAGACGGAGAGCAGGACCCCCAGCCAGGCUUCAGAGAACAACGGGCGGCAGUGAGGGGCCCCUCGGAGGAACCGUGGAAACGGGGGGGGAAGGAGCCUCGAGAAGGGUUCUUCCGCCAGAAACUUGCAAACGCAAAAUUAUCUGUCAGGUUGUCUGUCUGUGUGUAUGUGUGUGUUUCGUCUUUUAUCUUGAGGACUAGCAGUUUUAACAGGACCGGGGAAAGGGGUCGGCGCACAAAAAAACGGGAAUCCAGCUGUUUCUCUCUACGUUCAGUAUUGGUUGGAUAAGCUAAAGGGGCCAGGACGGAUGGGAGUUUUGGGUGUUGGAAGAGGACUGUGGAAAAAAUAUUUUGUUUCCAAGUGAGCCCCAUUUUUCCUCUCUGUUCGAACAUGGCUGCUGCCUGAGAGGUUCGACCUCAUGUUUAACAAUCCACUGUGAAUAUACCCUGGGUCAAAACGUUCCCCCAGACUUUGGAUGGCUGAGAUGCGCAGGCAAUCCCAGGGUGUGUUUCUGUGUGUACAAAGCGGCAACCGUUCUUAACGUUUAUCACGCAAAUGAAGCCGCUUCCUUAAUUCUUGGCCUGGGCACCAUUGGGCACAUCACGUUGUGCGCGCGACGUCAUGGCGGCUUGUACCGGAUGCCGAGAAAUUUCUUCGUAUUUUGAUUUCUGGAAGAAGGGUCGACACACUUUGCUCCUAGGGGUUUUCAUCGCUAGAAGUUUUUAAUCCCUUGAAAAGAAGGACUUGAACCUUUUAGAGAGGAUUGGCUGUAUGUUUCUGCAUGAGUCUCUGUUCUAAACGGGAAAGAUAACUUGAGGAUUGAGCAUCGUGAUGGACAAACUACAACAUCUGGCAAGAAAGAGAUGGAAACGCCUGUAUCAUUCAGGGAGACGGCGGGAAACCUCCUUGGAGCCAGUUAUUCUGGUCGUUGGUUCUGACACGCGCUCGGCAAGCGUCUGUCUUAAUGUUUUAAGGUUUGUGAGCAUGAAGAUCGUUCUUCCUAGCAGCUUCUUCCAGGCUGAUUUUUGCGGAGAGAGAGAGAAGGAGCAAAGCAGGAGCCCCAAACAGUUUUUGCUUAAAUGGUGAUGACUUAAAAACACGCUGUCCUGGCGUCUUGUCAAAAGUUACCCUUUUAAGCCAAAGCUGGGGGGAAACGAUGACUCCUUUGUGACUUGCGGACUUCAACUCCCAGAAUUCCUGAGCCAGCGUGGGAUUCUGGGAGUUGGAAGCCCACAAGUCACAAAAGGCCCACCCUUCCCCCAACCCCCUUUAUUUUUUUUUUUUAGCCCAGUCAAAUUUACUUCCUUUCUCCGGAUUCCCAAGAAUUCUGUUGCUUCUCACUCUUGGGAUUCGUAAAGUGUGCGGUGAGAAAAACGGAAGGAACCGUUCCGGAUUUGUUUCCUGCUGGGCCGGCGUGUGUCUCUGUUGGGACCGUACAGCUGUUCUUGUGCAGAAAAUCUUUUAGCCAAAAAGAGCAGAUCACGGACACAAAUGUCUUCUGUGAACGAUGAACCACCAGCCGCCUAACUUAGCCAUGUUGCCAUGUUGGUGACCGCUCUCCUCCUGCUUCCUACUUUUACUUUGCUUUCCGAGCUUCAUUCAAGCUGGAAAGAUGGACUUUCAGUGGCCUGCAGAAGAGAUCUUCCACCUUUCCAUGCAGGGAAAGCAACAUUUUCAACUUCAGCUGAAGAUAACUAGAGUUGGAAGGGACCUUAGAGGUCAUCAAAUCCAACCCCUUACUCACGCAGAAGACCUAUACCAGGGAUUCGAACCGCCAAACUGCCGGCCUUUCUGAUCGGCAAACUCAGUGUCUUAGCCACUGAGCCACCCUAGUCAGGUUACGGAAUGAGCUGAGUGCGUCUUAAUAUAGUGCAAGCUGAAUUUUCUUGGGGUUUUUUUUUCUCCCCACUUCCCUUCAAAAGGAAUUAAUAAUAACAGAAGAGAAGAACAAGACUUGGAAAGGAACUUUGGAGGUCUUCUAGGCCAACCCACUGCUCAAGCAGGAAACCCUAUGCCAUUUCAGACAAAUUAAGGACAAUUUGUGGCCAGUCUUACCCGAUUCUUAUUUCCUGGCUGCAUUGUGUGAUAGAUAAGGAAGCACUUUUUGGCCUGCAGGUGGAUUGAGACCAUGGGUUAUUGUUUGCAACCGUUCUCAAGAGUGUGUGAAAUCAAUCCAUGUUCACUCAUUUAGCAGCAUGGUCAGUACUGUCUUGGUCCAUUUUUUGGACUUCAGCACUUUUAGGAUUCCCCUCGUAUUUUAUUUUUAUUUUACAUUAUGCGUGCUGUUAAAUUAGGGUGAAUUGUCCGGGGGGGGGGGACUUCGUAAGGCUUCCGUUCCUGAUGUUUGCAUCACCAGAGUUCAACUGCAAAAGUGCAGUUUUCCCCACCAAUUUGGGGAAAGAAAACAAAUGAAAUAUAUAUAUAUAAAGGCUGCUGAUAAACUGACUUGGCAUCUCAGUUGCCUUUUGUUUUUAAAACAAUGGUGUCUAAAUUAGUUGCCUGAUUCUGCCAUACGGGAUGAGAAUUAGAAUUGUGAACUUCCUCCUCUAGAAAACGGACAUUACUCGCUAUACUAUUUAUAAACUACUUGUAGUAUACGAUCUGAAUAUAAAUCGAAUAAAUAACUGUAAGGUAAACAGCGAAUGGUUUUAAGAAUUCUGGACCGAUCUUAUUCCUGAUCACCCUUCACAGAAGUGUCUGCGAAAAUAUGGAAAGAUGCCAAUGAGUCUCACUUUUUUGUUUUGCAAUAAAGGCAAGAUUUCUAGUC